GAUAAAACGCGGCCCGGGGCUUUCUUUCGUCUUAAUUCGUUUUCUCUAUAUAUAGAAGUCCUGUCUAUUUUCUUGGCUCUUGAAGACGACAGACAAUAGAAUCGCUAACCUCAUGAAGCAAAAGAUUGUGGUUAAGGUGCAGAUGAAUCGCGAAAAAUGUCAGACUAAGGCACUCAAGGUCGCAGCUUCUAUAGAUGGCGUGGAUUUUUUGGGCUUAGGAGCGGAGAAAGAUAGAGUGGAGGUGAUUGGGAAUGGAGUUGAUGCUGUAAAGUUGGCUACAAGUCUGAAUAAGAAGGUUGGGCAUACCGAGAUUAUCAGUGUAGAAGUGAUGAAAGAAAGCUAACAUCAAGACCAUAAAAUAUAGAUACUUGCGUGCAUGCCAUCAGACGCGCACAGAUAGAGAGCCGAGAGAUGUUUCUAAGAGAGUUUUUUAAUGCACAUUCAUUAAUUUCGCAUGUAUGUUUUCUUUAUCCAUUGGGCAGUACUUGAUCAGUGAGAUAUGAUAUGUUUAAUCCUGAGAAAGAUUUUUUA